AUGGCCGACACUUCUCCUGGAGGCAAGCCUCCACCUGACCAAGCGCCGCCUGGACAAGAAGGCACCACUGAUGAUGUAACGCGGGCGUUCUCAGGCAAACAGGCGGCGACUACCGAGAAAGAUCGGAGCAACAAGUCGGUCAUCUGGAUGAUUCAGGAGACAACAGAACAGGCAUCAAACCACAAAGGGCAAACGCAUGGAGUCACAGCCGAGAUCCCUUUCAACUAUGCCGCGGCGGUCACUUCCAGCGAGAGUGACCACGAGGCAUGGAUCAAGAAGUUGUAA